UCACUCCGAAAAUUGUAAGAAGUGCGUCGCAGCAUCAAAGUUCCAGCCUGCAGCGCGUCUCGGACCGAGUUUGCCAAACAAAACCCGACGAUCAUUACUGAGCCGAAACAUAACAUUCAGGCCCAGAGCCUUGAAGUAUACUCAACUUCCACGCUACCCAUUAUAGCUUUUUGCUACACACCACCUCUUCUCGAGUAUUCGAACUUCAUUGCCCCCUACUAUUGACGAGAAAGAAUAAUAAGGCUGCGCUGAAGACUGCUUGUUAGCUAGUGUGUGCUGAGCGCUAGCUUCUGGGAAAUUCGUAGCAUUCAGACUUUAUCAGGUGGGAAAACCUUGAGCCUCGAGUCGCAAACAUGGCAUACAAUGGUGGAUAUCAAGAUCAGCAGCGUCCUUACGCAGGACCAGCAGCACGAGCACCUCGAGGCCCUCCUAGGGAUGCUUACCCACCACCUCAGCAGCAGCAAUACAACCAAUAUCAAGAAGAGUAUGAUUACGGGUACGACGGAUAUGACAAUGGUUAUCAGCAGGAUUAUGGCCCCCCGCCUCAAGAUAUGAAUUAUGGUAGACGGCCACCACCGCCAAAUCAAGGUUAUCCUCCGCAAGACAUGUAUGGUCCUCCUGGUAGAGGCGGUCGCGCUCCCCCGCCCGGCGCUGGUGGAAGAGGAGGCCCGAUGCGCGGGCCUCCAUUUCCUCGCGGUGGAGGUCCUGGAGGUCCUGGAGGUCCUCGCGGUAGAGGUUACCCGCCUCCCGGUCGAGGUGGCGGACCAGGUCCUUCAGAUCAGAAUGAUCGUUAUGGCCCCAACGUUGCCGGUCCGAAUGAGCAAGAUUUCGGCAGCCCAUUCCCAGUAUUUCCGGGGCAUAACAGAAGAACUGAUCUUGAGGAAGAGAACGACAUCUUAAACCGAAUGGGCGGAAUGGAUUUAAAUGGGGGAAGGCCAGGUAUGCCCCCCAAAAGCAAUUCAGGACCAGCCAGAGGACCUGGACCUAUGCCGGGACCUAGGCGAGCGCCAACAAUGGAUGAUUACGGACGUCCAUCAAUGGAUAGUCAAAGAGGUGGAAGAGGGCCGCCUCCACAGGGAUAUCCAGACCCGAGACGAGGUCCUCCAGGUGAACAAGGCUAUGGCUACCCGAGCGACGGCUAUGGUGCCCCUAUGUCGCCUUCAAGAGAUGGAGGAUUUGGGCCCCCUGGAAGGAGUAUGACAAUGCCGGCGAAUAACGAUUAUAUGAGAAAUGCCAUGCCACCGCCGCUUCCGCGUGCAGACGGCAUGCCUUAUAAUGGCCCUCCCGGACGCAAUUACCCACCCCCUCGUCCUUCGACCGCUUCAGGUAAUAGACCGCCACCCCAAAGGAUGUAUCCUGACCAAGGUCCUCCGGUGCCUCCGAUACCUCCGGUGCCAUCAGGACCUCACGAGAACGGUUCACUCCAACCCCCGGGAUGGAAUGACCAACCAGAUCGAGGUUCAUUCGGCGAAUUUUAUGAUACGUAUUACGACCAGAGGGCAAGCGGAGAACAAUAUCCUCCUGGUCCUCCUGGUCCUCCUGAUUCUUAUGGUCCGCACGGAGAUCAAUACCCUGAACAAAUACCACAUUUUGAUGCGGUUCCUCCCCAAAAUCCGCAAGAACCUUUCGAACAACAUGUGCGCCCUAGUCAACCUGGAAUGCACCAGCCCGGACCCGCACGCCAGCCGGAGAUGUCCAGGGCCAAAUCACAGCCAAACUUGCGCGAACCCCAAGCAGCUGUUUUCGAGAUGGCGAAUGAGAUGCCACCGGUACCGCCAGGUGGAUUCCAGCCAUAUAGGCCCCCUGGUGCUGGACCAGGUCUGCCCGGCACUCCUAACGGCCAGAGGCGUAGUUCUCAAGGAACCCCACAGAACGGGCCAGGCUCUGGGCAUCCAGCACCCAUUAGGCCUGGGUUGAUGCCGAAUUCUGUGGUCAACCUCAACGAUAAGCCUGCCCCGGUUCGCAACUAUAGUGGAGAUACGCCACCUGCUGCUGCCGGAGCGCAAGGUAGACUUCCUCCACCCUUGCAGAACGGACGGCCCGCUUCCGUUACCGAAAAGACCCCCGUCACACUCGAUGAGCUAGAGCGUCUACGAACUAUUAUUAAGAGUAAUCCGAACGACCAGCAGUCGGCUCUCACAUUGGCGAAGAAGCUUGUCGAAGCUGCGGAUGUCCUUGUCCCUAAGCUUGCCGAUCCGAAAGCUAGGGCUAGAUCCCGCGAACGUUAUGUGAUGGACGCGCAUAAGAUACUGAAAAAGCUUGCCAGUGCUCAAAAUCCGGAUGCUAUGUUCUUUUUCGCGGAUUGCACGGGCCGUGGCGUCUUCGGCGAUUCGGACACUAAGGAAGCGUUCACACUAUAUCAAUCAGCAGCGAAACUAGGACAUGCUGCAGCAGCUUAUCGGACAGCCGUCUGCUGCGAGCUCGGCAACGACGAAGGAGGUGGCACACGAAAGGACCCGUUGAAAGCAAUCCAGUGGUAUAAGCGUGCUGCGACGCUUGGGGACACUCCCGCGAUGUAUAAGGUUGGAAUGAUCAUGCUGAAGGGACUGCUUGGUCAGCCUAAGAACCCGAGGGAGGCUGUCGGAUGGUUGAAACGAGCAGCAGAGCGCGCAGACCCCGAGAAUCCCCACGCGCUCCACGAGCUGGGAUUGUUGUAUGAGUCGGCGCAACCAAAUGACGCCAUUAUCCGUGACGAGGCAUACGCUCUACAACUGUUCGAGCAAGCUGCCAACCUCGGAUAUAAGUUCAGUCAAUUUAGGAUGGGAUGUGCGUACGAAUACGGCCUGAUGGGGUGUCCUGUCGACCCGCGCCUGUCUAUCAUGUGGUAUAGCCGAGCUGCAACGCAGGAGGAGCAUCAAUCCGAGCUAGCUCUCAGCGGAUGGUAUCUGACAGGGAGCGACGGUGUAUUGCAGCAGAGCGAUACGGAGGCCUACCUAUGGGCCAGAAAAGCAGCCCAGGCUGGGCUAGCAAAGGCGGAGUACGCGAUGGGCUAUUUUACCGAGGUUGGUAUCGGCGUGACUGCAAAUCUCGAGGAUGCCAAACGAUGGUACUGGAGAGCAGCAAGCCAGGAUUUCCCUAAGGCGCGUGAACGCCUGGAAGAUCUCAAGAGAUCUGGCAGAAGUGGACCUCGUCAGCGUGAACGCAUCUCCCGAAGUAAGAUCGGCAAACAACAAGAGGGCGAGUGUUCCGUGAUGUAGAACACCCGGAUCACUACUACACCACCCCGAACUGAUGGAAGUGGUGAUGUACAACAGUUCCCGCCUAGAACUUCAUCUCUCCCUUGCUUAAGGCAAACUCAACGAACCUUGAGAGUGGUUAAUAGGUCAUCUCUUGAAGACCCCUUUAUCAAUAGAGAGGGCAAGCCUGCGGGGAAUAGCGAUCAGCAACGCUCCGAAGAAUAAACUGUAUUACAUGUUGGUAGCUUGGCAUUCAGAGGGUUUCCCGCAGGUUACCGACUCGGAAUCAAGGAGAUAAUUUCUAUGGACCAGGGCGUGAUAUUCAGAGCAACGGGCAUAUUUUCCCCUUUAAAGGAUGUGCAGAAUAGGAGGCCAUCGGUUCGGAAUAAUUCGAUACAACGUUGUACUAUAUACCAUUGACGCAUGCAUUUGCAGCAUUUGGCUAUUGAUUAGGUAUCAGGUUACCUUUUCCAGGCGGGAGGGAUGAUUCAGAAUUUUUCCAAGAUACCUAAUUUUAUUCGAAAGUUCUACCGAUUGAUGCCUACUGCUGUGUGAUUUAGGUAGCUGGUCGUGUCAUUUGCGAGCCUCGCACAUAGAAGUCCUCGGACCUCAUGUCAGCCUAAAUCAAAUUAAGCCUUAGUGUCAAGUUUGAACUCUCCAACUUGUUACACAACACAAUUCCACUGGCGGUCAAAUAAUGCAUGUCAGAGUUGUAUUGACGGAUGUGACCAUCUAUUUGUUGAAUCAACUUAUAGGGAAGUUA